UUUACGCGAUUAGAUUUUGACUAGUAUUUGACCAUUGCUUUAUUAUCUUACAUAUACCAGCAGUACUAGCUUGUUGUAUAUAAUUUUAAUCCCAAAAUUUAAAUUUAAAAAAAAAUAGCUCAAAUUUUCAUUUUCGAUUACUUGCACUUUUUGUUCGUUGAUCUCUCUAUUACAUGUCAUUAAGUUGCUAUUAGAGUGCAUGUAGUUACAUAUUGGUCAUCUUGUCACUUCUAGCUCUAGUAUUUUAAACAUGAACCCCUCACAAUUCGAUGCACUCACCUGACAAAUAGCGGCUAUUCAAACUCAAAUGACCGCUACUCUUGAAGAGAGUAAGGGCCUAUCUGUUAGUUUGAAAAAUUUUAAACACAUCCCUCAUUCGAUUGAUGUUGAUAAUUCUAAGGUGUCCCAUAAUAGACAACAUCGUCGACAAGGUAAUCAAAAAUACUUUCGACCCGAUCGUAAGGAUAGGGAUAGGAAUAGGGAUCAAAUUCGUGAGCGAGAACGAGAUAAUUUUGAAAUUCUUACUCAAUGGAAUGCCCUUAAACAAGAAAAUCAAUUAGUGACUGAGUAUAUCGCGCAAUUUGAGGAAUUUCGAACCAAAUGUCAUUUAAUUGAGAAUGAGAGCACGACUUUGAGUAGGUUUAGCCAAGGUCUAAGAGAUGAUCUUAAGCGCGAGCUUUUCCUUCGAGGCGUCACUACUCUUAAUCACGCUUACUCUUUAGCUCGAGAUUAUGAGUUGAUUAUUAGUACUCCAUAUGAAAAGCGUGGUCAUCGUCAUUCACCCAUCUUAUUAGCGUCGCCUCAUCAUAAGUCCAUCAUAAAACCUUCUCCAUCUAAUAUUUCUCCUAUUUGGAAAAAUAAUUGUAAAGGUCGUGAUAGUCCAAGAUCUUCUUCUCCAGGUAGAAGGCAUAUUGACAAUCAUCCUUCGGUGUCACUGGCUCCACUUCCUCCCGCUAAGUCCCUUCUAGGACCUCCCCCGUCUGAUGUUCCUCCAAUUUUGAAAAAUAAGGGUAACAUUUUUUAUAAUCAUCAUUUGGCUUCAUUGGCUCCACCUCCUUCCGUUAAGUCCCUUCUAGGACCUCCCCCUUCUAAUGGUUCUUCAAUCUUGGAAAAUCAGGGUAGAAUUUCUAAAACUCCAAGGUCUUCUUCUAACUUGUUGUGCGUUAACUGUAAAGACUUUGGUCACAUUUCUUCUAAAUGUCCUAAUCGAACCUUAGUCAUGGAAAAACGAAAGAAUACUCUUCCCAAGACUUUGGAUACUAUACCCCUUAUCUCUGACAAUUCUCAAUCACAUGUUAUAUGUCAUACCCUUACCCAAGUUAAAGAGCUUGACGAUGUCACCAAUCACCCUUGGAAAAUCCGGUUGCCUGUGGUUAAUACUAAGGCAAAAUUAUCCACCACUGACCAACCUCAAAUUGAUGGUCAAAACAAAAGUACUAACCAAAAUCCUGACAAUUUAUUACAGUCUCUAGUCCAGGAAAAUCUUGAAAAUUGGGACUUGAUCCCUCCAAUUGUUCAAAUUGCAUAUAACGAUCCUGUGAACUGGUCUUUAGGUCUAAAACCCUUUGAAGUUAUUCUUGGUUGUGAACCUUUGAAACCUCUAAACCUUAUUCCCAUGCAUCCACAUGCUUGUGUGUCUAUGUCAGUUGAGCUUGUGUUGACCAAUAAUAAAGAGAUUCAAUGCUUUCUUGUUCGUUGGAUGGAUCGACUUGAUUCUGACGAUACAUGA